CCACCUAAUUCCGUUACCUGGGACUGCACCAGCUGUUUACCUUCAGCACAGCUCAGACAUUAUGAGUUUAAACACAAACAAAAUCAGUGACGCUGUUAAUCAGAAAACAGAUGACGUCACCAAGACCCACUUAUCUCCAUAGCAUCAGAUAAACAAAUCAUUUGAUUUUCAGCUUUUUAGCGAUUAUUGCAGAAAAAUGAACAGCGUUACUUCAAAAAUGGCGUCACUCAACGUUAGGGAUCUUCAUCCUAAUGUGACUGAGUCUCCAUCUGCUGUUCCUGCUCCAGCCCGAAAGCCCCUGACCAUCUAUAUGUUGGAGUCGGCUGAUCUGGAUGAACAGAUCAGGAUGCUGCAUGAGUACAUGUUGCCCCUUGUGCAGGAAAUACAACCAACUCGGGCCAAAGUCAUCACCAAUCUAGUUAUUCAGGGAGAGAACAACUUUGACCUGCUUAAUUUGAUUAGGAAACCCAACCUCCUGCGUGCCCAGGUCGAGCAGAUUGCUGCUGUGCUUCAGGCAAGGGAAGCUGGCCAGGACGUGCGUUUUCCUGCGCCCAAGAAAAAUAAGAGGAGGCGAAAGAAGAAGAAUGUCCAAUAAAUUCAAUACGCCAAUAAAUUCUAUAUUUUAUAAAUGUUUUAACAAAAUUAAAACCUCGUUCCUGAACAAUGUUUGUUUAUUUAUUUAUUUAUUUAUUUAUAGAAUUUUGUCGAUGGAAAUCCUCAUUGUUUCUGUAGUAAGUAAUCAUCUGUACAGCU